AUGUGGUGGCGCCCCUCCCAGGCCUCCCAGGCGUCGCCCCUCCUUGGCCUCCCAUCUCUGUCCGGUGAUCCUACCUCCACAGCCUCCUGCCCUUCUGACCUGGUGGCCGUCCCUCCCUGCCCCGCCUCCCCACCAGUUCGCCACCGCAGCACCGCCUCGCCUCUCCGCCAUCAGCCCACUGCCCCGCUGCCUCGGCCUCCCCGCUUGGCCACCGCCUCCCCGCCGCCCCUCCUCGGCCUCCCUGCCCAGCCGCCCCGCCUCCAUGUCGUCGCCCUCCUCGCUCGACCACGGCGCCACGCCUCCAUGGGCCACAACCUCCCUGUUGCCCCUCCCUAG